UUGGCCCCAUGAACCCCCCGGGCCACGCCAAUCAGUUGGCAAUUUUUGCCUUCAUAAACACGUUCCCGGAACUGCAAGCCCAUUGUAUUCAAUCCCCGAGACACAAGCACAUUCAAGCACUGUUCUUCUCUCUUCUGCCGUCUUCUUCCCUCCUCUUCACGCUACUUGGAAGCCCAGCUACGCCCGAACGUCUCUUAUCCUCCUCAGCUCUCAGCUCCUGCGGCUGUGUUCUCCUCUGGCAGCGUUAGGCAACGAUAGGACAACACACAUCUUGCUCCCUGCUUCUCUCCAUCUCUGACGCCGUCGCUCUGACUUCAUACGCAUCACAUACGAGGGGCUGGCCUGUCUGCCUAGGCCCCUUUGCUGCCCUCUGCAACAGCUCUCGUAACAACCGCCACGCCACAAAAAAAAAAAAAAAAAAAAAAAAAA